AUGUCUGACGCCGAGUUGAUUCCUCACAACAGCUUCGACACCAUCCUGGUGCUCGACAAUGGCUCCCAAUACACCCACCUUAUUACCCGCCGUCUACGAGAGAUCAAUGUCUACUCUGAGAUGCUUCCGUGCACCCAAAAGCUCUCCGAGCUGACCUGGAAGCCUAAGGGUAUCAUCCUGUCCGGCGGUCCUUACUCUGUGUACGAGGAGGGCGCCCCUCACAUCGACCCCGCCUUCUUCGAAUUGGGCGUCCCUAUUCUCGGAAUUUGCUAUGGUCUCCAGGAGAUUGCCCACCGUCUACACGCCGAUAACGUUGUCGCCGGUACCGCCCGCGAAUAUGGUCACGCUGACCUUAAGGCCACUCAGUUUGGAGGCCAUGUCGAUAAGCUAUUCGAGGGUCUUGAGGAUACAAUGGUGGUCUGGAUGUCGCACGGCGAUAAGCUUUGCAACUUGCCCGAGGGAUUCCACACUAUCGGCGCAACUAAGAACUCCGAGUACGCUGCUAUCGCUCACAAGACUGAGAAGAUUUACGGAAUCCAGUUCCACCCUGAAGUUACUCACACUCCUCAGGGCGGUCAGCUUCUUAAGAACUUUGCUGUCGGUAUUUGCGGUGCCCAGCAGUCCUGGACCAUGUCCGAGUUUAUUGGCCAGGAGAUCACACGUAUCCGUAACCUCGUUGGCCCUACCGGCCAGGUCCUUGGAGCCGUUAGCGGCGGCGUGGACUCUACCGUUGCUGCAAAAAUUAUGACCGAAGCUAUCGGUGACCGUUUCCACAGUGUACUCAUCGACAAUGGAUGCAUGCGACUCAACGAGUGUGAAACUGUAAAGCGGGUUCUUGGAGAACUUUUGGGCAUUAACCUUACCGUUGUCGAUGCCAGCGAGGACUUUUUGAAUGGGCUGAAGGGAAUCAGCGAUCCCGAGCAGAAGCGCAAGUUUAUUGGUGGCAAGUUCAUCGAUGUGUUCGAGGCUGAGGCCCGUAAGAUCGAGGCCAAGAGUUCCGGCAAGGUCGAGUGGUUCUUGCAGGGCACUCUUUACCCUGAUGUCAUUGAGAGUAUCUCAUUCAAGGGUCCUUCGCAGACUAUCAAGACUCACCACAACGUGGGUGGCAUCGCAGAGCGUUUAAUGGCGGGCCACGGCCUCAAGCUGAUUGAGCCUCUACGCGAGCUCUUUAAGGAUGAGGUUCGCGAGCUAGGCCGUCAGCUUAAUAUCCCCGAUGAGCUUGUUGGCCGUCACCCCUUCCCUGGCCCCGGUAUCGCUAUUCGUGUCCUGGGUGAGGUCACCAAGGAGAAGGUCGAGAUGGCCCGUAAGGCCGACCACAUCUUCAUUAGCAUGAUUCGCGAAGCCGGUCUAUACGACGACAUCGGCCAGGCCUACGCCGCGCUAGACCCUUCACGCGCCGUUGGUGUUAUGGGCGACAAGCGUGUGUACGCCAACAUCAUCCUCCUCCGCGCCAUCUCCACCAAGGACUUUAUGACCGCCACCCCCUACCCCUUCGCCUACGAUUUCCUGACCAAGGUCGCCACCCGCAUUGUCAACGAGGUCGAUGGUGUGUGCCGUGUUGCAUACGACUUCACUAGCAAGCCCCCUGGUACUAUUGAGAUGGAGUAA